AUGGAGGAGGAUGUGCGCACCAGGCUGGUCGCGGCGGGCAUGGCCGCUAUGGCCGUGCGAAAUGUGAUGAUGAGGGCAAAGGCAGCGGACGCAGAGGCCGCCGUGAUGCAGGCUGAGGCAAGGCAAGCCGACGCUGAGCGGCGGGAGCGCGAGGCGCUGGUGGCGGCGAUGGUGGCGGGUGCAUUCGCCAAGGCCGAGCAGCAGGCCGCGGCGCACGGCAUGGAGGAGCUGCAGCGGGCGGUUGAUGCGUUCGAGCUGGAGCGGGCGCAGUGGCGCGUGAUGGUCUCGGAGGAGGAGCAGGCGCUGGCGGCGAAGCGCCAGGCCCUACGCGUGGACGAGGCCGCCCACAGCGAGCUGCUGGAGGCGAGGCAGGACGCGUUCAACUUCUGCUGCCAGAUGAAGCGGCAGGAGGUGGCGCAGGCUGAGGAGGAGGCGCGGCAGGGCAGGGAGGCUUUGAGGCGGGACGAAAGCGUGCUGCACGCGGCGCGUGAGAGGGCUGAGGCGGAGCUGCGUGCCAGGGUGGAGCAGCUGCGCAGGGACGAGGAGGACUGCCACGCUAGGCUGGCGGCUGCGGACGUGACCGCCACCGCCUUCUCCAGGGUCAUCAUCUGGGCGGAGAUGGAAGACGCGCAGGCGGUAAUGAAGCAGGCCGAGGCGCGGCGCGCUGGCGCCGAGAGGCGGGAGCGUGAGGCCGUCGUGGCGGCCAUGGUGGCGGGCGCGUUUGCCGCCGUGAAGCGGCAGGCCGCGGCUUGCGAGCUGCAGGGGAUUGCUGCCGAGCUGGAGUCUCUGAAAAAGGAGAAGGCCGCCCACGGCGCCGUCACUGUCGCUGCCGGGGCGGCCGAUGUCAUGGGCUGCUUCAUCAUGAAGCCGUCCGAGACGGCAGCGCCGCCCCGCCAGGAGACGGAGUGCGCGGACGCCGUGCGGCCGCAAGAAGAGGAGGAGGAUGUGCCAGCGGGACAUGCGGCCCUCACGACGAGCGCCAAGAUGGAGGCAGGGGAGGCGCCCCAUGGCCCUCCAGGCCAGGAGCCGCAGCCAACCCCUGCCUGUGGGGCCAUGGAUGAGGGCCAAGACCAGGCGACCGGAGAACCCCUGGCUCCAGUCAUGCUCAUGGACAGCAGCCCCGGCGCCAGCGACGACGCCGGCACCCCCCAGGAGUCGCAAGAGGCAACGCCGCGCGCCAGCAGCACUGGCGGCGCAGCGCUGCAUCGGUGCACGGAUGAGGGCGAGGGGGAGGAGCAGGCGCCCUCACCACAGACUGCCGGGGCAAACGUCGAUUGCAGCCCGCAAGGGGCGGGCGACGACGACGAGGCCUGGCAGGGGCUGGAAGGGGAGGAGCCGGCGGCCGUCAGGCCCCUCAGGGAGCGCAGGCGCUCGACCCGUGGUGGGGAGCGGCACCGCAAGCAGGUUGCGAGCCGGGCGCGGAAGGAGCUGCGCGAGCAGCAGCAGCAGCAGCAGCAGCAGCUGGAGCAGCAGCAGCAAGACCAGCUGCAACGGCAGGUGGAGGAGCAGGAGCAGCAGCAGUGGGCGCAGCAGCAGCAGCAGCAGCAGCAGCAGCAGCAGCAGCAGCAGCAGCAGCCACAUGCGCAGCGCCAGCAGCAGCGGCAACCACUCACCCACGCGGGCGUGGAGGGGUGGCCCCCGCAGCGGCUGGCAGCUGGCGGCUGGAGUCAGCACUCUGCAGGAUGCAGGGGGCCAGGGCUCGACCUCGGCAGCUUUGAUGUGGGGCAGCACGGCCCGCCGCGGCUUCAGGGGACCGGCGACAUGCACGGCACGCCGGGCGGUUGGGCCCACAGUGCGUCGCCGCAGUGGCGGGCAGGCGACGGCCAGGGCGCUCCUGCAGGCCGCGCGGCGCCCCCCAUGAUGCAGGCGCCGAGGCCGCUGCAGGGCGCACCUGCAUUCGUUGGCUGCCAUGGCGGCGGCUGUGGCGGUGUCCUUGGCGGCAGCUGCGGCGGCUGGGGGAACGGCGGUGGGUUUGUUCGCCAUGGGGGUGGCGUCGUCUAUGGCGGGCCGGCUGGAGGGGGCUACCACGGCGGUGGGGGCUACCACGGCGCCGACCUCAGCCGUGGCGCAGCGGCGUACGGCUAUGGUGGCGGUGGCAACAGUUGGGGCGGAUUUUGA